UUCAGUUCCCGCCGCCGUGUGACCAGGACCGAUUCCGUUAAAGUAUAAACUCGGCGUAAAUAUUUAUUCACCCAGUCACUGCCUAAGGAGGAUGCUGGAGGCAGGAACUUGAAGAAGUUUUCGAGCUGAGCAUUUGAAGCGUUACAGUAUUACAGUGACCAGUUUGGCGCGGUGGUAGUGUCCCUGUCUCUGGGUCAGAAGGCCUGGCUUCAAGUCCUACCUGCUCCUGAGGUUGAAACUGUUUAUUGAAUAAAGUAACAUGGCUGGACAUGAAAUAUUGUAUAACUGCAAGAAUCCUACCGUAUGGAGGUCUAUCUUUGCUCUCUAUGGGGAUGUGGUUGAAGCAAAGGCGAUGGCAUCCAAAGGGAAGAAAGCAGGCAAGCUGACUGCACUGGAUAAAUGGUAUCAAGAAGAAUUACCCGAGGCUAUCUGUAGUCGCAAAGAGAAAUUCCUCACUCACACCGAACUGGUUCAGUUGAUGGAAUGGAAACUCACAAGGGGCAAGUUCCGCCCAACACUGCAGCAGAUGGUAAUGAGUAAUUCGAGGGACAGUGUGGAGGCCUGCACAUGUAAAGCUUUUAAACUGCUUCCUGAUGUUUCAGCUGCAAUCACUGAACUCAGUAAACUGAAAGCAGUGGGACCUGCUACAGCAUCGGCUGUGCUUGUGGCUGGUGCUCCACAAGAAGCUGCGUUCAUGGCAGAUGAAGCAGUGGAGUCAAUCCCUGGCUUGGUUCCCAUUAAGUACACACUUAAACACUACAUCCUGUACCUGCAAAAAGUGAGGGAAUGUGCCACGCAACUCAACAGCAAUGACUCAGUGAAGGAUUGGACCCCUCACAGAAUUGAACAAUGUCUUUGGACCUGGGCUGUGGGCCAGCAGGUCAAUCCUUUGUUGCUGAAGGGUGUCAUGCUCCAUCAAAGUAAAACGGUGGACAAAGAAAAGGCCACAACAGCAAGACCUGUCAAAAGGCAGAAAACGCAAUGAUGAAAGCAGCCACCUCAUGAGUGAGAAGUGUUAAAUUCUAGCUUUACACACUUGAUUGGUGCAGGAAAUAGUACAGAGGGUGGAAACUAUUCAGUAAAACCCCUAGACUCAAGAGUAUAGAAUUUGCAAAUCAGAGGCCAUGAAUUCCCAGGCUGCAGACUCAGAUUUGUCAGUCCUGGGAUCAGUUGCAAAGCCUCUUUAAAGGGAUGUGAUUUUUUUUCCCAGUGAGCAGGGCCUAACGAGUUCAGAAGCACGAUUAUUGACAUCGACAGAACCUGCAAAAUGGUUAGGUGGUAUUGCUGUAUAUGCACAGGUUAUUCUGCUGUUUGAUUUUUCUCCCAAACCACCCAUCAACUGUCUCCCAUUCCCCACAUUUUUCACUCUAAGGCCAUACCUCAAAAUGUGGUUGCAGAGCAGAAAACAGGUUUAAAAAGCAAUGCAUGAUAUUGGAAACAGAGAACAGGCAAGGGAUGAUAUUCUCCCCCAGAGUCAUACAACAUAAAAACAUCUUGCUCUUCAUGAACAAUUGCUUUAACUUGAAAGUAUCACAUGUAUAAAGUACAUAAAAUUUAUAUAUAAGUUUAUAUUACGUGUACCUGUUUGGCUGUAAAAAUGGCAAAAUAAUCUCAAUGAACAAGAUAGUGGACCUAUCAGUGGGUCAGUAGCAAUUUGAAAAAAUGAUAAAAAAAAUCCAGUAAUUUUUUUUCUGGUUUCUGCUGACCUUGGUAACCUGUCCCAUCCUUAAUUGAUAGAACGAGUGAUUUACAAGCAACUAUACUCUUUAUUCAGCAACAAUGUGUACUUGCUUAUUGACAUCACAAUAUGGCUAUUAAGACACUUGACUUAUGAUCCUAAAGGAACAGUCAAGGUUAAAAACAGCUUUGCCUUAGUAAAAAGGAAUGAAGUGUGUGUAACUUGAUUUAUACUGCUGUCAGUACUCUCUAGUGCUAUUGAAGAUUUGCUUGUACAGGUUAAAAAAAAAUGAAUUGGAGCAGAUGCCUCAGGGAAUUCCAUGUUUUCCAAUAUAAUGAGUUAACUGUUUCUGAUCCCAUUGCUUCCAUUCUCUGAAUGCCACAGGUGUUUUGUGUGGAGUGACAAAUGUUGAAGUAAUAAUUGUGCAUGGGCAUUAUGUUGGCAGUAAUCCCAGUUUCCAACAUAAAUAGCCUCAAAUAAAAUUAAGGUUCCAAACUAGAGAAUGCAUAAAGUACAAAUAUAAAAAUGUAACACUUCUUUCAGGUUGUAGAUUUUUGUUUGAAGUGUCAUCAAUAUAAUUUAAUGAAACCGCAGAUAUCAUUAAAGUUUUGUGCAUGAAAUUCAGCAUGACCUGCUUACAAUAAAACCAAAUAUUUUACUUUAUGAUUAGACUUACAGUGUGGAAACAGGCCCUUCGGCCCAACAAAUCCACACCGACCCGCUGAAGCGCAACCCACCCAUACCCCUACAUUUUACCCCUUACCUAACACUACGGGCAAUUUAGCUUGGCCAAUUCACCUGACCCGCACAUCUUUGUGACUGUGGGAGGAAACCGGAGCACCCGGAGGAAACCCACGCAGACACGGGGAGAACGUGCAAACUCCACACAGUCAGUCGCCUGAGUUGGGAAUUGAACCCGGGUCUACAGGCGCUGUGAGGCAGCAGUGCUAACCACUGUUAAGAUUUAUGGAGCAGUGAAUUAUAUUACCAGUCAUUGAAAACUCAUGGCUCCAUUGUUAUGAAUAUGUGGGUGUACUGUAUCUUUUAAGAGGGUUAAAAACAACAGAACUACCUGACAGAACAAAGUGUUCUGAAAAGAAAAAAAUAAUGUAACAUUUGGUCAAACAAGUCAAUUAGCUGGUUACCUGGUGACAAAAACAAAUUCGAAUAUGACCAAUUAGUUUAAAUUAUACCCCAAAAUACUGACCUCCAAUCGAGUUUAAAUUGAGUAUGUUGACAAUCUUAAGAGCUAAUAACACAAUCCGAUGCUUUGGGGGUAUAAGACCAAUGAAAAUUGAACAGUUGGGAGGAGAACUGCCAAACUGCUAGCCCUCUUAAAGGUACCUUUAUUGAUCAGUAACCUAUGAAACAGAAUCCCCAAGAAUAAGAAAAGAAGACAGGAAUACAGAGAAGAACUGAAAGCUGUCUGGUUUUGAGAUAAGAAGUUUUGUUUGGUAAAUAUUAAUCCGGAUUUUUAUCGGACCAUUAUUGUAGAGGGGAAAGUAAACAAUAGGUUAGGGAAAGGAGUUGUAAAUAGUUGUUAAUUAUUCUUUGUUAUACUUUAAGAAAUAAAGUUGUUAACGUUUACUUUAAGUAGUCCUUGACCUAUCGAAGUUUAACAAAUUAAUGUGUGGGAUAAAUCUUUUCUGUUGUUGUUGGUUUCAAUUAAGCAGGAGGGUUUACCCCGUGUCAUAACACCAUUCACAAAGUACUUUACACCAGGAUUUUUCUCAAGUUUUCUUAAUCUUUUGUUGGAAAUUUUGGCAGAAACCCCAUUUCCUGUUAUAGCUAAAGUCUCUGUCCAUCAUGCCCGGCAAUCAGAGUUCCCAGGGGAAAUUUCUGUCUAGAUUAUUUGUUGAUUUUACACUUUUUAAAAAGGUUUCUCUGAAUUAAACUUCAGGAACAUGGGGCUUAAUUCCAUAAUUUGUUCAGUUAGAGUUAAAAUUGGCCUAAUUUUGAAGUCCAGUGAUGAUGAUUGUCUUACCACAAGCACAUGCUACGUUUAAGGUAAAAUGCAUAAUCUGAAACAAAUCUGAAAUAAUUCAUCAGCACUUCUCUUGGUUUUGUUUACGCUGCUCCGCUCAAAUACUGUUCACCGUGAUUGAAUUUUAAAUUUUUAAAAAAUUCCUGACAUGGGAACAUUUCGCCAUUCCAAAUUCUGUGGUUCUUUUGUUACAUUCGCUUUGCAUUAUAAUACAAUAACUUGUUACUUAUGGUUUACUUAGUUGUAUGAUCACUUUUUGCCCGCCUCUGUUAAUAAACUAGACAUACAAAUUGAUAUUGCUCCAUGUUACUUGAGUUCAGUGUAACCCUACGCUGCAUCCAGUCAUUCACUGGAAAUGUGCCAUAGUUAAUUGUGAUCUUUUGCAACACUGAUUUGUAUAUCAUACUUUUUAUAGCUCAAUUCUUUAAAAGUGAUUUUUGGCCUUCCUGGCCUUGCCAUCUCAUUACAUUACAAUAUUUUGUAAAAUAA